AUGAUUCGCGUUGCUCUCCCCAAACAGCUCCCUUACGGUGCACGGCAGCUCAAGCGGCUCCCAUGCCAGGCGCGGGGAUUUUCUUCGUUCCUAGAUCGAUUCCGCAAAUCGCCCUCUGAAAAUCACUCUUCGGGCAGCGCAAAAGAUGAAGAUACCAGGAAGAUUUCAAAAGUGCGCGGCGCCCCUCAGGGUAUAAGUCAACAUCGGAAAACAGAGUGGCGCAUUAAUCGGCACAAGGUUUUCCGGAUCUCAGAGGAGGUUAGAGCCGCUGUUGCCUCUAAUCAACCUGUGGUGGCGUUGGAGACGACGAUUUACACGCAUGGCUUUCCGUACCCGGAUAAUGUUGCACUUGCCUUGGAGCUUGAGGCAAUAGUUCGGAAAAAUGGCGGUAUCCCGGCCACUAUUGGUGUUCUCGACGGUGUGAUCCGCGUAGGGCUCGACACAGAGGAGAUUACUCGUCUGGCCUCGGCCGCGGGCAACCCAGAGACCAUGAAGGUUUCAAGGAGAGAUACUCCAUAUAUAACGGGUAUGGCCCUUGCUGGACAUAAACUGAAUGGGGGUACCACCGUAGCAGGCACCAUGAUGAUAGCAAUGGAAGCCGGCAUUAAAGUCUUUGGAACUGGUGGGCUGGGAGGCGUUCACCGUGGUGGUCAAGAUACUUUGGAUAUUUCUGCUGAUCUCACUGAACUUGGGCGUACACCUGUCGCUGUCGUAAGUAGCGGCUGCAAAAGUUUCCUCGACCUAUCCCGGACCCUGGAGUACCUAGAGACCCAAGGAGUCCCAGUCUGCACCUUUGCAGAUGGCCGCAGAGGGGACAUUGAUCUCCCUUCCUUCUACAGUCGUGACAGUGGCAUUAGGAGUCCACUAGUUGUGCAAAACGCAGCAGAAGCUGCAGCAAUGAUUUUCUCCGGAGAACUCAUGAAUAAUCGAUCGGGGAUGUUGUUUGCAAAUCCCCUUCCCGAAGAAUUCUCGAUACCAAAAACCGAGAUUGACAUAGCCAUAGACAAGGCUGUCAAAGAGGCUACCGAGCAAGGACAUCAUGGACACUUGAAUACUCCGUUCAUUCUUUCUCGUAUUAAGGAACUUACAAAGGGCAACAGCGUUGUGGCUAACAGGGCAUUGAUACAUUCAAAUGUGACUAUGGCCACAUAUGUUGCUGUAGAGCUCGCUAGAUUGAAAGGCGAAACCACCAACCCAGCUGUGUCUAAUUUUCAAAGUAGACAGACGCCAUCUAAUAUCAAGCAGACGCCCUCCAAGAUAGCGAAGAUGCCCUCCAAGAUAAAGACUGACAGUAACGAAAUAACCCAAGGCGAAGCAAUCAAUCAGCACAUGCCUAACGCCGAUAUCAUUGUCUUUGGGUCCAUCGCCAUGGAUAUUUCUUGCGACUACAUCCCUCGUGCUGUUAACACCAUCGACGAAUCGACAUCCGUUCCCACCGGCCCAAUGACUGAUGCCGCGCCUCACAUGAAAACGUCAAAUAUUGGCACCAUUGCCGAAACCGUAGGAGGGGUUGGUCACAAUGUGACCCUUGCAGCUCACCUCGUAGCGGGCGAGUUAACUGUGAGGUUAUGUAGCCUGGUUGCUACAGAUAGGACCGGGGAUGAGGUCGUUACCCAACUACGGAUUAAGGGUCUCGAUACACAAGGCAUAAGAAGUAUCACUCGUUCUAUAAGCCCUAAGGACCAGCACCCCAAGGACCAGCACCCCACACAUUGCACAGCUAGAUAUGUGGCAAUGAAUGACGGAAAAAAGGACUUGAUCCUUGCAAUGGCCGAUAUGAGCAUAUUUGACACGUGCCAAAUCCGCCAAACCAUGCUCCCUGGAUGGAUUCAGCAAACAUCAAAAGGAUCCAAGUGGUCGGUCAUAGACGCGAACUGGAGCCCUUCUUCGAUCAAAUAUCUCUUGGAUUCCCUAAAAGGAUCCCGCUCCAAUGCCAGAAUAGCCUUUGAGCCAGUCUCAGUACCCAAAUCCAUCAAGCUGUUCCAGCCCACCACCUCUACCGGCGAUGGAAUAAGCAUCCACCCAUUCCCCCAUAACGUUGUAGACCUCGCCACACCAAAUCAAUUCGAACUCGCCGCAAUGCACGCAUCUGCCAAGCAACACGAAUACUUCGAAUCCGACGAAUGGUGGAAAGCGAUUGAUUCCUUCGGGAUUCCUAGUUCCGGUGCUCGCGAGCGCUUUGUUGCGCUAACGAAUAAGAAAAUGACUGAUGAAGGCAUACCGCUACAAACUAUCCAGCUUUUACCUUUCAUCCCCAUAAUACUCACGAAAUUAGGCCCCGAAGGUGUGCUGAUGACAGAGCUCCUCAAACCUGGUGAUAAGCGGUUGAAAGAUCCUAAUACUGCACCAUAUAUCCUCAGUCGGAACGCCAAUGGGAGUGCGGAAAUUGGAGGGGUGUAUAUGCGACUUUUCCCUGCUGUUGAGCAAGUGCAGGAUGUGGUUAGUGUUAACGGUGUGGGUGAUACAUUUUUGGGUGUUAUUAUUGCGGGGUUGGCAAGUGGAGCGAGGCUAGAUAAGCCUUUGAUUGAUCUUGCGCAGAAGGCAGCGGUAUUGACGCUGAGAUCGAGGGAAGCUGUGAGCCCGGAGCUGAAGGUGCUUAGGGGAGAAUUCAAUGGUUUAAACCGGUGA